AUGCUGAAUCGCGAUGUUGAUGUCGAUAACGAGCCGAGUCUCCAGGAUUCUCUUCUUAAUGCACAUAAUCCUACAAUCAAGACGAAGACAGUUUCUUCCUCAACAACGCCUAACAAUCCGUUGGAGAACAAGACAUCGCGAGGUUCCAGUGGCCUACAGGUUUCAAAGGACUAUUGGGCCUGGGAACUCUUCGGAGUUCUUGGGUCGGCUGCACUAAUUAUUGGUAUUGCCAUCAUACUUAAUAGAUUCGAUGGCAAGAGGCAGCCUUCCUGGAAGCAUGUCUCACUAAACUCUCUCAUCUCUUGGCUUAGCACUGCUGCCAGGUUUUUUCUUCUUGUGCCCAUUACCAGGGGCCUUGGUCAGCUGAAGUGGGUGUGGUUUGCGAAAAAGGAACGGCCGCUUUCAGACCUUGAAGAAUUCGAUUCUGCAAGUAGAAGCGUUCCUGGAAGCGUUAAACUUCUCUGGAGGCUGAAAGGACUACAUUUUGCUGCUAUUGGUAGUCUAACUAUCGUUUUGGCUUCUGGAUUGGACCCAUUCAUUCAGAACUUGAUCCAUUACUAUCCGAAUGCUGUUUCAGACCCUUCCCAGCUUGCCUACCUGGCCAAUGCUUCAACCUACACUGCUGUUGGUCAACUGAUGGGUGGAGACCACAGUGAUGCGGACCUAGGUCUCAAGGCUAAUGUCUACAAUGCUAUUCUGAACCCCAAAGCAUCUCAAUUAUGGGCUCAACCCCAGUACGUCUGUAACACAGGAAACUGUACCUGGGGGCCCGUAGCCAGCAUCGGCAUCUGCCCUUUCUGCUCCGACAUCAGUACAGAUCUAUCCGUGUCUUGCAAGGCUCUACCUGACAUGGAUGUUUAUCGAAACUGUACCGUUUCCCUUACUAAUGGCCUUGCCACUUGGUUUGUAGACGAAGGGACCGAAGGCUACCCCAUGAUUAUGGAUAACUCUUUUGUAAACAAUAAUAUCAGUCCCUUGGUGUAUACGAACCACACUUUGCCUCUCAUUCAAAGCAUCAAGGCUCUCUACAACGAUACGAAUCAAUAUGCCAGCUUCCAAUUGACCAACGAAACGCGAUUCCUAGCCACGGAAUGCUCUCUUGUGCCAUGCGUGCGAAGUGUCCAGACUUCUGUUGGGAAAAGCGUUUACAACGAAUCCACACCGAUCUAUUGGCUCCAGUACGACAAGACUGGUAUUUUCAAUAUAACUAUGAACCCCCCAUGGGGCUUAGACUAUGGAGUUCAGGAAGGUCAAAGCUUUAUAAUUGAUUGGUAUGCAUUGGAUGCGCUCAAUUUUCAUAUCUCCACUCUGUUCUCGGGCAAGGUGCAUAUAGCGUCGGACGACCUAGUCCUCGAAGCAUCGAGGCCCGACAUACUACAAGCAAUCUAUUAUGGGGACUUUGCCGACUGCGACAAUCCUUUAGAUAAAGUUGGUUGCGCUGUCAACAACGUCGCUAAAGCUAUGUCUAAAUCUUUCUGGGACACGCCAUAUAUAAGUCAUGGUAUCGAAGGUGCACAUAUGGCGAUAGGGGAGACAUUCGUUAGUCUUACUUUCGUUCGGAUUAACUGGGGAUGGCUUGCUUUCCCUGUAGCCAUCUGGGCACUCAGUGUCGCCACUCUACUAGGAACCGUAUGGAAAACACGCAGAGCUCAAGUGCAUACGUGGCGGAAUAGUCCACUUCCCUUAGUAUUCCUUGACUGCCAUGAAGACAACGAAGAUCCUGGGACCUAUGAUAUCUCCAACACUGGUCUCUCGACACGGGCAAAGAAAUUCCAUGUCAAGCUUCAUGUGCCAGAAGACAAUGUACAUGUAACAAGCCGCUAG